AUGACUGCGGAAACUCUCCAGCUGCUUGUGGCCCUUGCCAAUGAGCGACAGGUGCCGGCUAUGGUGAAGCGCAUGUUCUCGGGCGAGAAGAUCAACGAGACGGAGAACCGCGCAGUGCUUCACGUGGCUCUUCGCAUGCCGGAAGGCAGCCAGCCGAUCAUCGUCGAUGGGAAAAACGUUUUGGACGAAGUGCACGCCGUGUUGAGGCGCAUUCACGUCUUUUCCGAGAAAGUCCGCAGCGGCGAAAUCCGAGGCCACACCGGCAAGAAGCUUGUCAACGUCGUCUCCAUUGGCAUUGGUGGGAGUUACCUGGGAACGGAGUUUGUCCACCUCGCCCUUGCCGCGGAGGGCCACGCCGCCGAGAAGGCCCAUGGCCGUCAGGUUCACUUCUUGGCGAAUGUGGACCCUGUCGACGUGUGGCUUGCCGAGAGAAAUCUCGACCCUGAAGAGACGCUCGUAGUCGUCAUCAGCAAGACCUUCACGACUGCGGAGACGAUGAUGAAUGCCCGAUCCGUCAGGGAGUGGUACCUGAACCACUACAAGGGCGACGAGCGAGCGCUCGGCGCACAUUUCUGUGCUGUGAGCACCAACCUCGAGGGAACGAGCAAAUUCGGAAUCCAUUCAGACCGUGUGUUUGGUUUCUGGGACUGGGUGGGCGGCAGGUACUCCGUCACCUCGGCGGUUGGUAUUCUCCCGCUCGCGCUUCACUACGGCUACGAUGUCGCGAAGGAGUUUUUGAAGGGGGCUCACGCGAUGGACGUUCACUUCAAGACAGCCGAGAUGCUGGACAAUCUGCCGAUGCUCAUGGCCCUCGUCAGCGUGUGGAACAGCACUUUCUGCGGCUACUCGAACGUCGCCGUUCUGCCCUACGCACAAGCUCUUCUUCGGUUCCCUGCGCACAUCCAGCAACUCACCAUGGAGAGCAAUGGUAAGCGCGUGACGAUGGACGGAAAGACCCUCAACUUCGAUGUUGGCGAAGUUUUCUUCGGCGAGCCAGGCACGAACGGCCAGCACAGCUUUUACCAGCUAAUUCACCAAGGCCGUGUCAUUCCAGCAGAGUUCGUUGGAUUCUGCAAGUCUCAGAGGCCGAUCAAACUGAAGGAAGAGCCGGUGAGCAACCACGAUGAACUCAUGUCCAACUUCUUCGCGCAACCGGACGCGCUGGCCUUUGGUAAAACACCGGAGCAACUCCGCAAAGAAGGCAUCCCGGAGAACCUCAUUCCCCACAAAACCUUCCCAGGCGACCGUCCCUCGUGCAUGCUUCUCUUCCCUGAAAUCUCGCCUUUCCAUAUUGGCCAGCUGCUGGCGCUGUACGAACACCGCGUCGCUGUCGAGGGCUGGAUCUGGGGGAUCAACUCCUUCGACCAGUGGGGGGUUGAACUCGGGAAGGUGCUUGCGAAGGGUGUUCGCGGCAUCCUUCAGAAGCGCCGCGAAGGCAAGCAGUAA